UCACCAAGUUAAUUAUUUUUAUCGGUCUUAACAAGAUGCACCUGCAUUAUUUACACUGAAUUCGUGUCUCCUGCACGACAAAAACACACAUCUAAAUGUAAGAGUAAUUUACUUGUUUUUGUACCGUUGUUACGGGACUUUUAUUUUGAAGUGCUUUAUUUUGAAGCGCUGUCAAACGUGGCUUCCUGCCUUAUGAAAGCAUGCUGUCUGCCGUCAUUGAGCUGAGUUGUUUAUGGUAUUCCUCAGGUUCAUUCGUACGGUCGGCAUACGUUUAAAUAUUUACUCGUACACACUAAAUAGUCCGUUGAAGAGCGUCAGUAUGUGUAAGGAGCUGAAGACGAGAGUCCUGCGGUUAUCAGCGCAAAACUCCGAUGAUCUGACGUCACAGCCGCAGGAGUGGACGGAGAUCCUGAACGCCACAGUCAAGGCUCUGAAAGCGGGUCAGGUCGUGGCCGUUCCCACUGACACCAUCUACGGUCUGGCCUGUGUGGCUCAAAACUCAGCGGCCGUCAAGAGAGUUUAUAAUAUCAAAGGAAGGAAUGGAGACAAACCUCUAGCCAUCUGUGUUGGAGAAAUACAGGACAUAUACAGGUACUGUAAGGUGUCUGUGAAGGAGGAGCUGCUCAGAGAUCUGCUGCCUGGACCUGUUACACUAGUUCUGGAAAGAUCCUCCACACUGAACGGAGACCUCAAUCCGUUUACUAAGCUCAUAGGGGUUCGUAUUCCAGACCACCCAUUCAUGAGGCGUCUCUGUCAGAUGUGCGGUGAGCCACUUGCUCUCACCAGUGCUAACGUCAGCUCACAAACCAGCACAGUUGCUGCUAACGAGUUUGAGGAUUUAUGGCCCAGUCUGGCUGUGGUGGUGGAUGGUGGGCCGAUUGGAGAUAAAAGCCGUUUGGGUUCAACAGUUGUGGAUCUGUCUGUGUGUGGCAGAUACCGUAUAAUCAGACCAGGAUGUGCUCUCUCUGCUACAGUUCAGGUACUUGAGGGCAAGUAUGGACUGCUGGAGGAUCCUGUCAAUCAAUGAGAUUCAAGCUCAGCCCAAAUCUGCUGUAGGUCAAAGCCAGCCCAGAGAUCAGACAGACCAGCAGAUCAGACGCUGCUCUGAAGUCUGUGCGAUUCUCAGUAAUGGGUCUCGAGGGUCUGAUUUUUGUUUUUUCACCUCUUCUUUUCAGAGAGUUUUGGGUUUGGUGCUUCAGAUCUGAAUGUGCUCUUGAAAUGAUCAUCAGUCUAUUGAAUCCACAGACUCUUAACUUCUCAUGUUAAAGACGCACAUUUUUCUUACUCGUAGUCAAACGUUUAGUUCCUGAAGCGUCUGUUCGGAUCUUAUACAUGGGGGAACAGUUCUCCUGUUGACUUGAUCUACGCCACCGAGAUGCCUUUGGGGACACACUGGUUAUUAUAUAGGGAAUAUUAUUGUGAAUACUGUAACACUUGAGUUGAUAGCUUUGUUACAGUACAAUAAUAGUUUAGUUUGGAUACAAGGACUUUUUGUUAAUUGGGGUUUAAUUUAUUGCAAUUUUAAAACAAAUUACUGUGCCGAGCUUUCAGGGCUCACUUGCUCUCUGGCAGAGCGUCAGUCUUUUUAUAAAAUUAAAGCAGCUUCGAUCUGA